AUGUCUCCAACAUCUGACAAAGUCCCUCAUGAAGAGGGCAUUCCAAACUUCUCCUCUCCUUACAGCGUUGAUACCAUUGACCAGAUACCCACACCUCUCCUUAGUGCUCUUGUCUCUCUCGGUCCACUUGUUCAAAUAACUGCCACACUUGUAAAGGUCAUUACAUGGCAGACAUCUCAUUCCCUUUCUGUAUUGGCUAUUCUUGCUUGGAUUGUUACCUGUAUCUGGACACGUACCGUUCUCCAGUGUCUGCCUGUGUUAUUACUGGUCAAGCUAGCAAGCGAUUGGUUCAGAAUACGCACUCGCCAGGCACGACGUCUAACCCUUGACCGAAAAAAGAAGAGCAGAUUACUCAGGAGGGUAAAGUCUAAGAAAACUCAGUCCUCAGAAGAAGAAGAUUCCCCUGAACAACCUCAAGAAGAAGACGAAGAAGUCCUGAAGCGGAAGGUACUCGAUGACGAAAUAUCGCUGGACGAUACACUGCAGAAUAUAAUCACUAUCCAGGCCUGGGUGGUCGAGAUCCAACAUUCCCUUAAAAAUGUUCUGAUUUACCUCGAUGGUACCCAGUCCGAAUGUAUUGUAACCGUGCUGAGUGUUCUCCUGUAUGCUUGGCCUGUGUGGGCUUUCUUUCUUUGGUGGUUGGGCGUAUCUGUCUUUGUUGGAUUUGUCGGAGCUCUCUUGAUCGCCUAUCCUUCUCCCAUGUUUCAAGUGGCUAUCCAGAGCCUCAAAGAUAACAGAAUGUUGUACCAUGCAGCCGUAUCUUUGUAUGCCUAUUCAGUAGCUCUUGUUGUUUCUUGUCGUCUGUUAAGACCUGUCUUUAAGCCGAAUAAGGGAAUCAUAGCACGGCUGUCUGACUGGGUCAAGCAGUUAAUCGGAAGAGCUAAUAAUGAGAAGCAAAAAGCAUUCGGUCAGAUGGCUCCUGUUGAUGCUGAAAUUGUCGAGAAACCUUCUUCAAAGAGCGAAAUGGUAUUCCAGUUUGAGGUCUUUGAGAAUCAGAGAUGGUGGCUUGGUAUGGGUUGGACUACGAAUAUGAUGCCUAGUGAGCGUACAGCCUGGACCGACAACCAGUUGAUGCCUAUCUUGUCUAAAGAGAAGUUUGACCUUCCAGAGCCAACCGAGGCUAAUCCUACAAUGCGUGUGAUUACCAGCAAAUCCUGGAGUUGGGCUGACUCAGAAUGGUGGGUAGAUAUGACCAAAGAGUUGGAUGGAAAGAUUGAUCGGAAUGGGUGGGCCUAUGGCAACAAUGCCUGGCACCUCUUUACUUCCUCUCCCGGUCUGGGCACAUAUACCCGCCGUCGUCGCUGGUGCCGCCGUGCACGCCUCAUCGAACGUCACACUUCUCCCUUGCAACGAAAAACCUAUGCAAGCGGGGAAUGGAUUAAAGAAUGA